UAAAUUGGUUCUCGAGAUAUAUCCUGAAUCUGAUUUAUCCAGAUUGUUGAUAUUCGGAUAAACGAAGCUUGACAGUAAACAAAGACCUUAGGGACAAGGGGUGAGCAAAAUAUGUUUCUGCCCUUCAGUAUCAGAAAAAACAAGGACUUGGAUUAGCAUUGUGGUCCAUGAGGUUUUUUUUCAGUGCCAUUUCAAGAAGCUUUCACAUACACUGCGUACAUUUGACAUACACUGCGUACAUUUGACAUACACUGCGUACAUUUGACAUACACUGCGUACAUUUGACAUACACUGCGUACAUUUGAUUUGGUUUAAUAUAGAACACAUGUAAAGGUGUUGAAGAAAAUGUUUGUGAAUGAAUGAUUAAGUGUAAUUUUUGAUAGUUUUUGAAAAAAUGAUGUGAUUCAGAUUGCAUUGAAGUUACUGGUAAUUUAAUUCAGAGAUUGUUUGUUGUUUAUUAAGCAGAUUCAUAUCAAUUUACAUGUAGAUAAGAGUGCUGUAGUGGUUAUGGUAAUUGUAUAAAUGAUGGUAAUUGUUGUUUGUUUGAAUCAAAGUUUUGUGAAUAGCUUUUAAUUUUCCACAUUUAUUCUAUGAGAGUUUGAUCUUUCUUUCCCCCCCCCCCCCUUCUUUUUUUAUAGAUAUUCAAAAUCAUAGAAACAAAAUUUUUUCAAAAAAUUGUAAAUAGAUCAAGAAAAUCAAGUCUUAGAAUAUUUUCUUAGAAAAAUUAUUACAUUUAAAACUGUAUGAGUAAACAGGCCAUUUUAUACCUCCACAGCGAAGUUGAGGGUUGUGUGGAGUACUAUACUGGAAUAAGGUUCUCUGUCCAUCUUACCAUCUGUAAAUGGAUUGGUUUCCAGGCCUUAAAGGUAUAUGUGCCGUAUAAAUUGAAUAUUAUCAAAAGAAUAUUUUAUCAAGCAAUAUGUUAUACACUUUAUGCAAAUCAUACAAUUUAACUCGAUCAGAAUAAAAAGCAAUCAGAGUUAAUUUCCUUUUUAUUUAUUAUCCUGACAGGAUGAUAAAUCCCAUUUUAAAAUAUUUAUCAUAAUAUGACAUUGCAAGCUAAAUUUAGAAAUAAAGAAUUAUAUGAAUAUGUGAAUGUCUGUUGGCAGAACACAUUCAGUGAUAAGACAGUCAGGCAGGGAAUGGGGUAGGGAGAACCCUGACGUGUGAAGGGGAAUGAAGAUAAAAUCAUGUUUAACAUAAAAUCACUUUUAAUAUGACUAAAUAUAGUAAAUGAAAUCCUUUACCUAGGUAAUAUUUCUAAAAACAAUUUUCCUGUGCCAUCAAUCCUUAGAAAAUCACUGUUUUGACCUUACAUUGAAUAGACAAGAACUUUGUUAACUUAAUAUCAAUCAAUAAUAUGUGGAAAUUGUGAUAUACUAUUAUUUUAUAUAGUUUAUCAUACUGAAGAAAUUUUAGUCUGGUUUCCAGCAUCAAAAAAUACUGUUCAAUACGGCACAUAUACCUUAAGAGUGAUUUCUCUUUUCACUAGAUGACCCUUAUUGAUUUUGGGUAAAGGACAGUGAUAUUGCAAAACAGUUUCAGGGUCUCAAGUGAAUUCUGUUUUUACUUGAAAUCACUUAACUUCACAUACAGAAUCGCCAUAUGUUGAGGAAGACCUCUAUUGCCUUCAAGGUCAAAAGUUCAAAGGUCUCUGAGAUGGGUAGAUGGUGGUCUUUUGCUUUCUCUUUUCACCAUCCAUAACUGUCAAAGAAGCAUAACACAUCUUCCACCAUCCACAACUUUGGUCUCUGCCCUGUAUAUUUCAGUUGUAUUUGACGAGGUGUAUCAUUGCAACUAGUUGUAGCUUAGAUACAUGUAUACAAGGUUUUCAAGUAUUGUAUUUAUAAAUAUAGAGAGCCCUCAGUCUUAUAUUAAGUCACUUGUGUUAAUAUGAUAUUUAUUUUACCAUGUAUUAUUCUAUUUAUCACAUACUUAUCCCCUUUCCUUUUAUUAUAAUUUUUGACGCAUUAAUCGUGUAUACCUCGGCUUAUUGGUGCAUGAACAAAUUAAUUUCAUCAAAACAACAAUAAUACAUCACAUGGUAAUUAAAAAUUCAACAGUUACUUUUUGUAUACCAUUUAGCAAAUUUUAUGAUCAUGAUGUUUCUGCAUCAACAUGCUUAUGCAUCAGAAUUUGAGACACUGUAGGUAAUUCUUGGCAUUUUUAAUGCAGGAACUUGGAACUUCAUGAUCUAUUAACAUUUCCAUGAAUACACUUAAUUCUGCAAAAAUUCCAUCACUGUUCAGUUAGCAUAAAGUAUGCAGGUAUUCCACCAUGGUUUUGUUCACAACUCAUUGCUGUUGGAAUAACUGAUGCUUUAUGUUCUGUAAGUGAGUAAAUCAAGAAUUUUUCUGGAUAUCUGGUUUCCAGUUUGAUAUGCAGUUGUGAUGAUGCACGUAUCGCAUUGAACAAAACGCAUGUAUCACAAUAAAGUAUGUGAUAUUUGGUAUUUAGUGCAUAAACAUGUAGGAAACAUUACAGAAAACUGGAUUCCAAUAGUUGGUAUAUUAUAAAUCUGUUCAAACUUUUGUAAUUUAGUCUUACUGUAUUGUAACAUGAAAGGUUAUUUUCUAUUGCAUGUGUGUUGAUUUGUCAGAUUAACGUUUUAUACUUUAUUGGAUGUUUUUCAUGUUUCUGGUCUAUUCCAUAUGCUCAAUUUGAUUGUCAAGUGCAAUUAAACUAACUUGUACAACAAUA